AUGGAACAUGAUUAUGAAGAUCUCGGGUUUUUCACAACUUCCAAUGACAGCAGAGAGGCGCAUAACCACUUCCUGCAGUUCAGGAAGUUUUUCCUGCCCUGCAUGUACUUGAUGGUCUUCAUCUGCGGCCUGGUGGGGAACUUCCUGGUGCUGGUCAUAUACAUCUUCUAUCACAAGCUGAAGAGUAUAACAGACCUGUUCCUGAUGAAUCUGCCCCUGGCUGACCUGGUGUUUGUCUGUACUCUGCCAUUCUGGGCCUAUGCCAGCAUUCAUGGGUGGGUCUUUGGCAAGCCUAUGUGCAAAAUCCUGUUGGGCAUCUACACCUUGAACUUCUACACAUCCAUGCUCAUCCUCACCUGCAUCACUGUGGACCGUUUCAUUGCAGUGGUUCAAGCCACCCAGGCCUACAACCAGCAGGCCAAGAGGAUGAUCUGGGGCAAGGUCACCUGCGUGGGCAUCUGGGUGGCCGCCCUCCUAGUCUCCUUGCCACAGAUCAUCUACGGACAUGUGGUUUCUCGUGAUGAGAUCAUCUGUGAAUACGAAGAUGAGAAAAUUUCCACAACAGUCCUUGCUUCCCAGAUGACACUGGGGUUCUUCCUGCCACUGCUCACCAUGAUUGUCUGCUACUCAGUCAUCAUCAAGACCCUGCUUCAUGCCCACAGCUUCCAGAAGCAUAAGUCUCUAAGGAUCAUCUUCCUGGUGGUGGCUGCAUUUCUGCUGACGCAGACACCCUUUAACCUCGUGAAACUCAUCCUCAGCACGAGCUGGGAGUACCGCACCAUGACCAGGUUUCACUAUGUCAUCAUAGUGACGGAAGCCAUUGCCUACCUGCGGGCCUGCCUUAACCCUGUGCUCUAUGCCUUUGUGGGUCUGAAGUUUCGGAAGAACUUUAGGAAAUUUGUGAAGGACAUGGGCUGCCUCCCUCACCUGGGGGUCUUAAGUCAAUGGAAGUCUGAGGACACUUCCAGGAUUAGUUCAGCCUCCCACAAUGCAGAGGCUACCAGCAUGUUCCAACUGUAG